UCGUUCAGGUUUUUUGCGGGUUUUUGCAUUCACGUCAGUAUUCAGGGAUUAUAGUGAAAUUAACGCCCUUCUUCUCUUUAACCGGUACUGUCUCCAAUUCAUCCUUUCGCGCCCAGACGCCGAAGGAGAGGAAUUUGUUUCACGCUACCAACGAGUUCAAUCAGCAGAAGAAGAGCAACAGCGGGAUGGUUUCUGAGAAGUGAGCUAUUAUUAACCAUGGGAAUCUCAUCAAGAAUCUCUGGAAAAAGGAGAUUUAGGUACUUCUCCUCUAAACCCUGCUCUCUUCUCUCAUCCAACUUCCUUAAUGCCGCUCAAUGCAAUUCCUCAACUGGGUCACUCUCAGAUUGCUGCAAAAUUCGUGAUUUUAGCAGGCUUCCUCAGAAAAAACAGUUCUUUUUGCAGCCUAAUACUGAUAAUGACUCACAUGGGUUUCCUCCAAGUUGCUAUUUUGGUUCUUUCCCACUACUGAAAAAGCAUUUCUUUUCCAAUUCCGCAUCUGGGUUUUCUUCAAUUUCUCAAUCUUUGUUGAAGGGAUCAUUGACUGGGUUGUCAAAAUGUAGCAUUAGUAGCAGCAGCAGCAGUAUUUAUUUCUGUUCAGUUGUUCAUAGAUCAUCUUUUACUGUGCAAAAACCAUUUCAUGAUGGAAGAAGGUUUUGUGGUCGAUUAUUUUCUGUUGUUCCAUCUUCUGGUAGUAGUGGCAUGAAUUUGUUGGUGUCUGAAGCAGAGAAUAGCAGAGAUUGUGAGAAUAUUGAAAAUUUGAAAGACAAGGUGUGCAAAUGCGAUACACAGAUGAUGGGUAAAGGAGGAGAUGGUGUUGAUUCAUCUCCUAGUAGAAAUUCAAAGAUUAUUGAGAUAAUCAAGAAUGGGGGUAAGGAUAAUGAUAUGGAAAUUGAGUUGAGCUUGGUGGGUUCAAAGCUUCCUAUUGAGGCUAUUAAGCCUAUUUUUACUGUUUUAAAUCGCCAGAACAUCUCUGGAUUACGCUUCUUUAGAUGGAUUCUGAAUGAUAAUCCGAGGUUACGUUUGAGUGCUGAAGUAUGUAGUCUAGUUAUCAAUAAUUGUGGAUUUUUGGGUGAUUAUGCUAGCAUGGAGUCAUUACUGCGUGAAUUCAGGUCUGAAAAAAUUUGCCUUGAUACAAAUGCAUUUGGCUUUUUACCGGUAUUGAGUACUAGUGAGGAUUCGCUUGUAAAAUCAGUGAGGGAAAUGAUAGAUUUGUUGAAUAAGGUUGGCGGCUCUUGCUGUAAUUCUGGCAUUUGUGCAUUGGUUGAGAUGUUCUGCAAUUUGGACAUGUUUGAGAUGGCCAAGUCUGCGAUUGAAAUAGCUGGAAGGCGUGAUUCACUCUACCAUAUACUAAUGCGCCAAAGAUGCAAGAGAGGCCAUUUUGAAGAAGCGCAUGCUAUUAUUAGGGAGAUGACUGUCCCCACUGUAAAGACUUACAAUUACCUGCUUGGAUGUUUUUGCAAGAACAAUGGAAUUGCUGAAGCAUACAGUGUGGUUGAGGAAAUGACAGAUAAAGGGAUUGCUGCAGAUGCAAUAACCUUUGAGAUUCUUAUACAUAGCUCAUGCAUCCAGGGCAAGAUGGACGUUGCAAAAAAGCUUUUGGAUAAGAUGGAAGUCAGCAGUAUGGAACCACGUCUUAGUACACAUGCUGCGCUUCUCAAAGCUUUUAUGAGUUCAGAACAAUAUGAGGAGGCUCACAACUAUGUGAUUGAGUCAAGUGUCAAGUAUAAGCAAUCAAGUGCAGAAAUUUACAGUUUGCUUGCGGACCUUCAUAGAGCAAAAGGAAAUCUUAUGGCUGCACAAGGAAUCAUUGUAGAAUUGAUGGACAAGGGUCUCAGGCCUAGUUUUCGAGUUUAUAUUAAUAUUGUCAAACAACUUCAAAAGACUGGUCGGGGAAAUUUGGCUAGAGAUUUUAAGAACAGAUACUCUAAAUUUUGAUUGGAGACUCUGAAAAUUGAGUUGAUCUCUUGCUUUUCAGAUUAAGUUUUUCUUUUUUUAAUAGUUAGACGGUCUAAAGUUUGUUAUCUAUAGCGGCAUGCUGUCGAUGUAUUUUAAUGGAUUUUAAAUUAUAAAGCAGCUCAAUGGCUUUUCCAUA